CCAACGGUUACCGCUAACAUCAGUGGAGCAAUCGCACUGCGAUGGCGGUGGAAGCGAUUUCUCCUGACUGGGAAUUCGAUCGAUUUGAUGAUGGGUCUACGAAGAUCCAUACGGAGGUGCAGCAGAAGAACUAUGGGAAGUUUCUGGAGGAGUACACCUCUCAGCUGAAAGGCAUUGAGGACGCUCUCGACGACUCCAUAGGAGACGUGUGGGACUUCACCCUGGACCCCAUAGCCCUGAAGCUUCUCCCAUAUGAACAGUCCUCGUUGUUGGAACUGAUUAAAACUGACAACAAGGUUCUGAACAAAGUCAUUACAGUGUAUGCAGCCCUCUGCAGUGAGGUUAAAAAGCUGAAGUAUGAGGGGGAAAUCAAGUUUUACAACGGCUUGCUGUACUAUGGUGAAGGAGUGUCAGACAGCUGUGUGGUUGAAGGAGAGUCACAGGUUCAGAUGGGCCGGUUCAUCUCCUUCUUUCAGGAGCUGUCCUGUUUUGUGUCGCGGUGCUUUGAGGUGGUGGUCAACGUUGUCCAUCAGCUGGCGGCGCUCUACAACAGCAACAAGGGAGUCACAAAAAUCAUUGAGUCGUCCGGAGUUCAUUUUCAGACAGUGUAUGAGCACCUGGGGGAGCUGUUGGUGGUUCUGCUCACUCUGGAUGAGAUCAUGGAGAAUCACGGCACCCUGAAAGACCACUGGAAGAUGUACAAGAGGUUACUGAAGUCAGUGCAUCAUAACCCUGGGAAGUUUGCCAUCCCAGAGGAGAAGCUGAAGCCGUUUGAGAAGCUGCUUUUGAAGCUAGAGGGACAGCUGCUGGACGGCAUGAUAUUCCAGGCGUGUGUGGAGCAGAGGUUUGACGACCCAGGAGAGGGAGUGUCAGUCUCUAAAAACAGUGCCUUCGCUGAAGAGUUUGCCCUCAACAUCCGCACCAUAUUCACCAACGUGGAGUCAAAGAUCGGUGAGCCCUCAGAGAUAGACCAGAGGGAUAAGUAUGCUGGGGUCUGUGGACUUUACGUUCUUCACUUUCACAUCUUCAGAACUGUCGACAAGAAGCUCUACAAAGCCCUGCUAGACAUCUGCAAAAAGGUGCCUGCAGUGACUCUAACGUCUAACAUCAUCUGGUUCCCUGACACCUUCCUCAUGGCCAAGGUCCCGGCUGCAGCCAAGCUUAUGGACAAGAAGAGUGUUCAGAGCGUUAGAGCACAGAGAGACGCAUAUCUGCAGCAGAGAGCACAGACUCUCACCAAGGAUGUUCAGUCUUACUAUGUGUUUGUGACGUCCUGGAUGAUGAAAAUGGAGGCCAUCUCGUCGAAGGAGCAGCGCAACGACAAGCUGUCAGAGGACCUCAGUAGCAGGUGUAACGUCUUUGUGCAGGGUAUCCUGUAUGCCUACAGUAUCGGCACCAUCAUCAAGACUACCAUGAACCUGUACAUGUCCAUGCAGAGACCCAUGACCAAGGCCUCCGUCAAAGCCCUCUGCAGACUGGUCGAGCUGCUCAAGGCAGUGGAGCACACGUUCCACAGGCGGUCCAUGGUGGUGGCUGACUCUGUCUCCCACAUAACCCAGCACCUGCAGUCCCAGGCCCUCAACUCCAUUGGCACCGCUAAGAAAAGGGUGAUCUCUGACAAGAAGUACAGCGAGCAGCGUCUGGAUGUGCUGUCCUCUCUGGUGAUGGCAGAGAACGCUCUCAAUGGGCCCAGCACUAAAGAGCGCCGCCUAGUGGUCUCCCUGGCCCUCAGUGUGGGAACACAGAUGAAAACCUUCAAAGACGAGGAGCUGCUCCCGCUGCAGUUGGUGCUAAAGAAGCUGGACCUGAUCAGUGAGCUCAAGGAGAGGGUGAAGGUCCAGUGUGACUGUAGUUUCCUGUACUGGCACAGAGCUGUAUUUCCCAUAUAUCUGGAUGAUGUGUAUGACCAUGCUGUAGAUGCUGCACGGAUACAUUACAUGUUCAGCGCCCUGAGGGACAGCGUACCCACCAUGCUUCACGCCAAACACAUGGAGUCAUGUGACCAGCUACUGGAGAGCUACGACACAGAGAUCAUGGAGGUGUUCAAUGAGCAUCUGUUGGACAAGCUGUGUAAAGAGAUAGAGAAGGACCUGCGUCUGUCUGUCCACACACACCUGAAGCUGGACGACAGGAACCCCUUCAAGGUGGGCAUGAAGGACAUGGCCCACUUCUUCUACCUCAAACCCAUCCGCUUCUUCAACCGCUUCAUACACAUUAAAGCCUACGUGACUCACUACCUGGAUAAGACGUUCUAUAACCUAACCACAGUGGCUCUGCAUGACUGGGCCACCUACAGCGAGAUGAGGAACCUGGCAACACAGCGCUACGGACUCAUGAUGACAGAGGCACAUCUACCCAGCCAGACCCUAGAACAGGGACUGGACGUGUUGGAGAUCAUGAGGAACAUCCAUGUGUUUGUAUCCCGCUAUCUCUACAACCUCAACAACCAGAUCUUCAUUGAGAAGACAAGCAACAACAAGCACCUAAACACCAUCAACAUCCGCCACAUCGCCAACUCCAUCCGCACCCACGGCACGGGCAUCAUGAACACCACGGUCAACUUCACCUACCAGUUCCUGAGGAAGAAGUUCUACAUCUUCAGUCAGUUCAUGUACGACGAGCACAUAAAGUCCAGACUCAUCAAAGACAUCCGCUUCUUCAGGGAGACCAAAGACCAGUCAGACCAGAAGUACCCGUUUGAGAGGGCAGAGAAGUUUAACCGUGGCAUCAGGAAGCUUGGCAUCACCCCAGACGGGCAGAGUUACCUGGACCAGUUUAGACAGCUCAUUAGCCAGAUCGGUAAUGCCAUGGGCUACGUUCGCAUGAUCCGCUCUGGAGGACUCCACUGUUGCAGCAGCGCCAUCAGGUUUGUCCCUGACCUGGAGGAUAUAGUGAACUUUGAGGAGCUGGUGAAGGAGGAGGGGCUUUCAGAGGAGACCCAGAAAGCUGCCAGCCUGCUGGACUCUGUGCUGGGGGAUCUGACCAGUAACUCUGCCGAGGGGACAGAGUACUUCAAGAUGCUGGUGGGAGUGUUCGCCCCCGAGUUCCGCAGCAUCAAGAACAUGCACCUGAGAAACUUCUACAUGAUCGUACCUCCUCUGACGGUGAAUUUUGUGGAGCACUCCAUCGGCUGCAAGGAGAAACUCAACAAGAAGAACAAAGGAGGGGCAGCCUUCACAGACGAUGGCUUUGCCAUGGGUGUGGCCUACAUCCUUAAGCUGCUGGACCAGUACUUGGAGUUUGAUUCCCUCCACUGGUUCCAGGCAGUCAGGGAGAAGUACAUGAAGGAGAUGAGUGCUGUGGUGAAGGAGCAGAAUGUCCAGGCCACCAGUCAGGAUGAGAAGCUCCUGCAGACAAUGAACCUCACCCAGAAGAGACUGGACAUCUACCUGCAGGAGUUUGAACUGCUUCACUUCUCCUUGAGCAGCGCUCGGAUCUUCUUCAGAGCUGACAAGACGGCCGCCGAGGAGACCCAGGAGAGGAAGGACAGAGAAGCGGCUGCCAGAGCAGUGCCCACAUGUACAGAUGGCUCUGAACUUCUAAGGGACUGCUAAGGGACACUCAUGAGUUCAUUAGGUCAGAGUUCAAAUAUCAGUUCUGGGACUAAUCUGGAUGACAGGGGUACUCCACUGGAUGGAGAGGAGGGCAAGGUGGGGAAAAACGGGGCAGAAGACUACUGUCAUGUCUUGUGAUACAAGAGGGAAAGUUGAAGACUGGAGUGUGUUCUUAGAGACAUGGAAGCCCCCCUUAGCAGAAAACAGGACAAUGAUGCAGAAAAAUCCAUUCUUUGCCCCUGAACUGCUUGUCCUUUUAAGCUCUGGAUUGGUCCUGGGAGGCUCUGGUGAGAGAGGCAGAGAGGGUUCUAGUAAUGAUUUGCUUCAUGUGAUUCUGGUCCCAUGUCUGCGAAGCAUCUCAUGAUUAUGCCCCCAUGGAGGUGUCUCAUCGUUAAUAAAAUAUAAUCUCUUUCUCAAAUGCUCAAACACUCGCUCUUUCUCUCUUUUGUCGGUCUCUUUCUCUGUAUGUAUGGAUUAGCUACUUUGUGGCGUUAACUGGACUGCUUAUCAUUUAUUUAGGGGGAAUGAGUAGUUCAUGUCAGGCAAAAUGUUAUUUAUUUUCUGUGGCUACAUUUAAUUGGUUGUAAUAAAUAAUGAGAGACAGAGGUGUGUCUUCAGACUGUUUAAUCAGCCUGAAUAGACUAGAUGUCCAGUGGCACAACAGGCCAGAGAUUAUUUUGAUAUGAUAAAAUCAGCAGCUCUGUAAUUAAUGACUCCGAUAUCAGGGAGAUGAUGAUGUAAUCAAUUACAUUGAUGGAUUUGUAUGUGUGUGUACAUGUUACUUUCCACUUUUUGUCCUUAGACAUAAUGCUGAAGCUCACGUCUAAAUCCUAACAUGUCUGCUUCCUCUUCUGCAGUGCUGACAUCAUAGCCUUUGUCCCUAUAAUGUUGAGCAUCACAAUGAAUGAACACACAGGAUAAUCAGAUGUUCUUGCAGAAGAGAAGAGUGAUUUGUUGUGGUAGCUUUAUUCUCUGUAAUGUCUCCAUAGAAGAUUAUGACGUUGUGUGCGCAUCACAUUUGACUUCAUGAAUGUUUUCAAAGACAGACAUGACUUGGUAGACAUUUUAUGUUUAUAUGAAAUUCUAUUGGAUUUCACUCCUUGCCAUUGUGAUUUUCUUUAAGUACAGGCCAGGGUGCCUUUUUGAUUGUUCAAUGAUGACUUAUAUUGUGUAUGUUUCUAUACAUAAAAUACUAGUUGAGAAUAUACUUCAUAAAUACAAUGAAGAGUAGAAAAAAUACUAACUCCCUUUACUAUUUGGUUACAGUCCAUUUAGAGUUUUUCUCAAUGUCAUUUUAUGACUCAAAGCACUUAAUCUUUUAUGUUCAAAUCAAUAUUUUCCUUUAAACACAAAGGGUUCCUGUAUCAUCAUAAAGAUCUAUGUUUCCUUGUUGCAUGCUGUCAUGUUAGUAAAGGACUUGUUUUUUUGUCUACCAAUGGUACGGCUAAUGUGGUUUUGAUAUGUGUUCUUGAUAGCCCUGUCUGCUGAGUAUUUCAUCGGUUAAAGCAGGGUCUUAACAUGCCAAGUCAUGAUGUCAUAGGGUCCUGUGUUUUGGGCAAUCAUGUCACAUGACCUGGAUUGUAACCUUUUUUUUUAAACUGUCCCCUUUUCUUUUUAUGUAAAUUAGCGCAGCAGCAUCCUCAGACCGUUGUUUUUAUUUUUGGUGUAAUUCUCAUUUCUGUAAAAGGCUUCAAAUAAAGGUUCAAAUCUUGGUCAUGUUACAUGAUAGCAGUGUUGGAAAAAGUACCCAGACAUCAUACUUUAGUAAAAAUACCUUAAUAGAAAAUUACUCGAGUGAAAGUCACCAAGUAAAAUACUACU